GCAGGAAACACCCCUUGGAACCUCUCCACUUCUCCCUAAAGGCAGGUUAAAAACCUCAGCACCACGUGCUAUUUGCAAACCUUCCUGAGACUGACACCUUAAUCUGAAGACCUAGCUGUCCCAGAGCCAGUAUGUCAGCUGUGGUCUUGGAGAACCGAGGCUUGGGCAGGAAACUCUCCGACUUUGGACAGGAAACAAGCUAUAUAGAAGACAAUUCCACUCAAAAUGAUGCCAUCUCACUCAUCUUCUCUCUCAAAGAAGAAGUUGGUGCUCUGGCCAAAGUCCUGCGCUUAUUUGAGGAGAACGAUAUAAAUUUGACUCACAUUGAAUCCAGACCUUCACGUGUGAAAAAAGAUGAGUAUGAAUUUUUCACUUUUCUGGAUAAACGUAGCAUACCUGCUCUGGCAAACAUCAUCAAGAUCUUGAGACAUGACAUUGGAGCCACUGUUCAUGAACUUUCCCGGGAUAAGAAGAAAGACACAGUGCCCUGGUUCCCCAGAACCAUUCAAGAGCUGGAUCGAUUUGCCAAUCAGAUUCUCAGCUACGGAGCAGAACUGGAUGCAGACCACCCGGGUUUUAAAGACCCUGUGUACAGAGCAAGAAGGAAGCAGUUUGCAGACAUCGCCUACAAUUACCGACAUGGGCAGCCCAUCCCUCGAGUGGAAUACACAGAGGAAGAAAAGAAAACGUGGGGGACAGUGUUUAGGACCCUGAAGUCCUUAUACAAAACCCAUGCUUGCUAUGAGCACAAUCACAUUUUCCCACUUCUGGAAAAGUACUGUGGCUUCCGUGAAGAUAACAUCCCCCAGCUGGAAGAGGUUUCUCAAUUUCUACAGACUUGUACUGGUUUCCGCCUCCGACCUGUGGCUGGCCUGCUUUCCUCUCGGGACUUCCUGGGUGGCCUGGCCUUUCGGGUCUUCCACUGCACACAGUACAUCAGACAUGGAUCCAAGCCCAUGUACACACCUGAACCUGACAUCUGCCAUGAGCUGUUGGGACAUGUUCCCUUGUUUUCAGACCGCAGCUUUGCCCAAUUUUCCCAGGAAAUUGGCCUUGCCUCUCUGGGUGCGCCUGAUGAAUAUGUUGAGAAACUUGCCACGAUUUACUGGUUUACUGUGGAGUUUGGGCUAUGCAAGCAAGGAGACUCCAUAAAAGCAUAUGGUGCUGGACUCCUUUCAUCUUUUGGUGAAUUACAGUACUGCUUAUCAGACAAACCAAUGCGCCUUCCGCUGGAGCUGGAGAAGACAGCCAUCCAGGAGUAUACAGUUACGGAGUUCCAGCCCUUGUAUUACGUGGCUGAGAGCUUUAAUGACGCCAAGGAGAAAGUGAGGAACUUUGCUGCUAUGAUUCCUCGGCCCUUCUCUGUUCGGUAUGAUCCGUACACGCAAAGGAUUGAGGUCUUGGACAAUACACAGCAGCUUCAGAUUUUGGCAGACUCUAUCAACAGUGAAGUUGGAAUUCUUUGCAAUGCCCUGCAUAAAAUAAAGUGA